AACAUUGACGGACACAACCUUUGUCGACGAGCGUUUGGAAAAUGGCGUCUGGCGCCGACGAAAACUGUCAUGAUGACCCAAACUUUGCGGUGAUCUGCUCCUUCAUCCUCAAUUUCGGCGAGCAAUGCGGCCUCAACAUCUCCAUCUCCGAGCUGCAGUCGAUGCUAGAGGAUACAAAGAACGUGGACCAGACCCUGAUUGACCUCCAUUUGCUGCUCUUACGGAAGGCCAACAGGCGCGUGCAGAGGGACAGAUGGGAGAAGUCGCUCAUCAAGUUCUGCCACCAGGGUUCCAACGUGGAUGGCUGGGAACUGGAACGCUUUGGCUACCGCAAGGCUAAACUCUCAGUCAAGCUGGCCGUGCUCAAGCGCUUGCUGGAGCUCCAGUUUGACGGCAACGCCAAGUUCAAGGGGGAGGUGAACAAGGUGGAAGCCAACGCCCUGCGGCUGCAGCCAAUAGGGAGGGACGUCAGGGGCCACCAGUACUGGCUGCAAAGGGACUCCAGCCUCAACCUGAGGUUGUACCGCGAGCACCCGGACGACGAACGCUCGUGGGCCAUCGUUUCCAAAUCUCGGGACGAACUGGCCCAGCUGAUCUCUGAACUGGAAGGCAGUUGCGCGGUGGUCAAGAAGGAGGAGAGCUCGUCCCUGGACAGUGAGACGGGAGAGAGCAACCUGACCGAACCGGAUCCCGCCAAGGCCGAAGAGAAACCUGGAUCUCUGCUACCAGCUGAUGAGAAGCCAGCGGUCAUAGACACCGGCCAGGCAGUGAAAAAAGAAGAGCCCCAUCAUGAAGAGACGCUUUCUGUCGUCUUCUCGGGUUCCAUGGUGGGCAGCGAGGUCACUUCCACCCAUGUCGCAGUCAAGCAGGAGCCCCUGGAAGAAGCCAAGGUAGAAGAAGAAGCCCCAAAAAGGGAAGAAAAGUGUUCCACUCCAGCAAAACCUACAUCAUCAAAAGAAGAGAAAGAAGGUUGCGAAGCGGAGCGUGUGCCAGAGAAGAAAGACGAACUUGAAGCAGAAAGCGUGCCACAAAAACCAACCACACAGAGUCCCAAGCCCACUGAAACGGACCAAGCGCCGUCAUGCGAGACGGCCGCUCGAGAGAGCAGCAAAGCAAAAGACGAGACCAAUGCCGAAAAAAGCGCCGGCAAAGAUGGGAGGACCGGAGCGAUGCAGACCAACGCGGAAGACCUCUGCACCCGCUCCAGCGUGGAAGGAGAGUCUAAGCAGUCUUCUGCAAACAGUCCGCCGUCUGCCAAGGUCUCCGUCAUCCGGCCACUACCGCCCCCCUCCGACAAGCCAGUUGCGGCGCACAGCUUUAACGGGUCACACGGGAAUGGGUCUUCCGCCGAGACCCUGGCCUGCGACCUCUCUAUGGCGGUUCACCGGGAGAGCCCCACCGCCGUCGAAGAAGCGGAGGCGCCGGCAGCUGUUGUCGUCGCAACGCCCUCGGAAACAAGGCGGCUUGUCGAUGUCGGUGCGGAGGACCUGAGGACGGGAGAGAAGAGCGACGAGGUGAAGGUUCCUGAGAAGAACGGUCAGCCUGAGUCACCAGGCAGCAUUCCGUACGCCCACGAGGGCGCUGCUGCCCUUCCCCCUGGUGGUGGCAAGAAGAAGGACUCGGCGAGAAAAUCAGAACUGCCCCUGGCGUUGGAUCUCACCUGCGUUUCGUCCGACACGCCUACUUUGGAUGAUCCUGCUGCGAGUGCAGCAGCUGCUAAGGAUGCACCUUCUCAAGACAAACCUCCGAAGGCUGUGUCCUUAAAUAAUAUGGCGGCUUCGGAUGCAUCUGCAUUGAUGGUUGCGGAGAUCUCUAAGGAAGCGUUGACUGCAGAUAUGCCUGCAUUGGAAGCAAAGGCCCCUACCAAGGAAGUGUCACCUAAGGAUCCCAUUGCUAUGGACAAGUCUUCUAAAGGUCUAGCUGCCAAGAAAGAAGCUGUUGAAGAUACACCGAUCAAGGGUGCGACAGCUCCAAGUGUACCUGUUGCGGACGUUUCAGCCACGGAUUCACGUGCUGCCCAUCCCUCCGUUGCACCUCCCGCGAAGAAGUGCGUUUCAUCUUUUGUCAAAGCUCCUCGAGUGGAUGUGCUUUGUGUAGAUAUUCCCACCGUCAAUGUUCCUCCUGCAGAAGUGCCCUCUACGGAUGCAUUGACCUCGGGUACACCGGGCAAGACAGCAGCAUGCUCAGAAACUGAGAGUGGUGCCCCUCUAGGUGACAAGCAUGUUUCAACCACGAAGAAACAGAGUAAAAACCAUACAGACAAACUAAAGCUUGGAGAUACAGUUCAGAGAAGUGAAGAUUUGAAGAAGUCUGUUCUCUGUGAGGAAACGAAAGACAGCAAGAAACCGAAAGAUGGAAAGGAAAAGCAAGAACCUACAACCGACCAGAGGAAACUGGACACUGCAAAGCCAGAAAGUGAGAUUUCCAAAGAGGGAGAGGAAUGUCAGAGGAGUCCACUUUCUGAAACUUCUAAAGCAUGCGGACUAGAAAGCACAGCUUUGGUCAAGUCUUCAGCAGAAGGAGCCAUUAAGACAGAUAAGCCGACUAGUUCUGAAUCUUGCAGCGCAGACAUUGAGGUAUCUUCUAAAGAACUGGGCAAGGACCCCAUGGCCACCAAGUCAGACAAGACAUCUUCCGAGGCAACAUGCAGUAAGGUCAUAAAAGACGCUGUUGAGAAACAUAGUAACAGCACAACAACCGAGGACAAGCAUCAGCGUCCCUCUUCGGCAAUAGUCCAUUGUCUUCAAGCACCAGAUCUUAAGGAAAGACGGAGCGAAACACCUUGCUCUGAGCCAUGCAAUCAGGAACAUGCUCAGCCACCACAGGUCCAUUCAAAGCAGGUGGAGUUAGUUCAGAAGGGUGAGUCAGAAGCAUCUGAAGUCUUGCAAGAAAAAGCACCUGCUCAAAUUAGUCCUAAGUUAUCCUUGAAAGAGACAUCACCAGUUGAAGCAAAGAGCACCACUGCUCUGGAAAUGGUGCUUGAUGAUACAAAGUCGCAGACAAUUGCAGAAGCAGCUGAAGUUCUAGAUGCGUCUUGCAAAGAAGGGCCUAAGGGCAGCAGUUCCCAAGAAAGCACAGCCAAGGCAGCAGUGAAAAGUCAAGAGGCAGGACAUGAAUCAGAUGAGAGCCAGCCCAGUUUACCGAGUGAGGCCAGUGAUGUCCACAAGAAACCUGAAUUGGACACUACCAGCUCUUCUGAAAAAGAAAGAAAAAAGAGAUCUCCAAGUGAUCUGGCAAGUAAUGCAACGAAGGGAGAGAAAGCUGAAGGUUCCUCAGCUGUCAAAAUUGUGAAUAAAAAAGCAGACCCACCUGAAAAAUCUGAUGACUCUUGUAUAAAGGCAGUUGUAGUAAAGAAAGGAAGUCAAUGUCUAGAGUCUGGGUCCGUUCCCUCGGUGCACCUAUUAACCUCUAAUAAAGCUUGUGAAGACAGCCAACAGGACCCCGCUAAGGAAGAGCCAAGCAAAUCCAGCAGUUCAGAACCAGUGGCUGAAAAGGCGCCGGGUAUCCAUCCUGGUGGCAUAGGCCCUAGCAAAGAUAAGAAGAGUAAAGCUACUUCAUUAAAGCCUUCGCAAGAGUCUGCUAUCAAGCAAACCACUGAAGAAACAUGCAAACAUGGUGAAGGGAAUGCAGGUCCUGUUGAGGACAUUGCAGAACCAGUUGUCACUACCGUUGAUGCAGUCAGCAAUGAAUGCAUUGCAACUGUCAAAGAGGACGCCGGCAUUGUUGCGACAGAAGAAUUGAAUAAGGAUGGCACUCAAGCGACAGUAGAAUCAGCAAUAACAGACAGUCCAAAGGCAAAGGAGGUUGACUCUGGGAAAGGGGUGGAAAAGGAGGGGGAAACAUCUGAGGGUGUUUCAAUAAAGGACCCCAAGAAAGUUGAUCUGGAGGAUGCGACAAAGAAGUCUGAGAAGUGCCAUAGGCCACAUCCGGAAGCUGCCAAUUCUCACAAAAAAAGCAGUCGAAAUGAGUGUGAAGAUCACGAAAAGGAAGCUGCGCAGAAAGAUGUUCCAGGCUUACUCCUAAGCCCCGAGCAUGAAGUGCUUUCUGAGGUCCAAAAGAUUAAGGAAAAGGCAACAACUACAGCUUUUGAAACGGUCUCUGAAAGCAAAGAAACCAUGGGUGAAGGCGAGGCUAUGAAUACCACAACCACACCCGAUAAAAAGGAACUUGAGGCUCUAAAACCCGUGAAAACAUCUAAGAAAGUGUUUGAAGCGGGACAAGUUAAAGUGAAGCCUUCCGCGGAAGCAACACACGACAGUGGUGAUGGCCAGAAGGUCACUGCCAGAGCACCCUCUAAAGAGCACAAAACAGCGGAUGAAGGAAAAAGCACAGAAGCCACAAUUGCAGAAGUCAAGGCGGGCGUUUCGAAAGAGAAGACUAGACCUAAAACACCUGUGAAAGGUUUAGGAAAGGCAGCAGCCAACGAGGGAGCAUCGACAAAAAUAACAGCCGAUGACACCAAGAAGCAACAUACAUCCACCAAGACUUCAUCCAGUGCUGUAGCGCAACAAGAACAGGAGCGCGAACCCACGGUACAACCAACGGCUCUUGCAGUAGAAGGUCAAGACACAGACAAGGAAACAUUGGAGCCCAAGGAAACGAGACUUCGGGAAAAAGUUGAAGUUGAAGCUGUGGCGUCUGAAAGCGGAGGAGCGCCCGAAGACUUGGCAGUCAAUAACAGUAAUGAAGCGAAAGCUCAGGUGCCCCAGAAAACUCCCAAAACUAAAAAGAGGAGAAUUGAGUCUGGUUCAGAAGCAUCACCAAAUAUCGCUAAAUGUCAGACAACAGCAGCCGAGAUCACAGCAAAGACAGAUGGUGUUUCAACUAUGGAAGCCAUUGCUAAAGAGGAGUCAGCAAUUGCUGAAUCCAGUACAAUGGCUGGUACUGAGGCAGUUGAAGUUGAUGCUGAGUCCAAAGGGCCUGGGAAAGAGGAAGGACACAAAGACGCCAAACUUUGUGAAGCCCCCGUUUCCGACAUCAGAGCAGAAGCUGGAAAAGAGAAAACGGGAGGUGACGGAAAGGGCAAGUCAACUCGAAAAGCUUUGAGGGGCAGAGCAGCUGCAUCUGAGUCUGGCAGAAGAGCAACGUCCACAGCUACAAGAGGCCACAGGACAGCAACAGCCGCAUCUAAAGCGAGCGAAGCAAAACGGAAAGGGAAGGGAGCCGACGUCGAAGUUGAGGACGAAUCUGUCUCGCCUGGGAAAACAGGAAUCAAGGAUGACUCUGAAGCUAGAGCAUCUCGCCAAGAAGAUGCGGACAAAGCAGUUGAGGCUGAACCUUCCACAAAGUCAGCACCUACGGGUGCUAGAGACAAGAAGACGAAGGCUCCGAGAACGGACGAAUCAAAAGGCAAGGAAAAAGUGGACGGGGCUGGAGACGUGUCGGUGACCGAGGCAGCGCCUCACGAGGAAGGGGCAGGAAGCGACUCCGAAGCCAAAGCAACCAAGGACAAAGAAGCUGAAGCGGAACCUGUCACGAAGCCAGUGCCUGUGGUCACUAGACCACAGAAAACGCGAGUCACCAGAACGAGCGAAACCAAAUCCAAAGAGAAGGAGGGCGAAGCAAAAGACGCGGACUCGACGACCAAGCUGGCAUCCGAAAAGGAGACGACAGAAACCGACCCCGCAAUCGAAGCGGUCGAAGUCAACGAAUCCGAAUCUGUGCCCAGGCCUCCUGGGAGAGGACAGAGGAGGGGGGGAAGGGGGUGGAGGGGUCGAGGCAGAGGGGGUCGAAGGGGGCGUGGCAGAGGCCGCUCCCAGGGGGCCCCUCCGCCCAAAAAACUCUGCGAGGAAGACCACUCCGCCGCCUUUCCAACGGCCGUCGAUUCGGCGGCGACCGAAGUCGCCAUUGCUUUUUCCGGGAGGGGACGAUCAAGGGGGCGGGGCAGGGGACGGGCAAGGGGGCGGGGCUCAAGACGGGGCUCAGGCAGAGGGCGGGGCAUAAUGGCAGAGCUUGGCCUGGCGACAGAGCUGAGCCUAGGAGUGCAGUUGUCGCCGCAAGACGAGCUGGAAGAGGAGGAAGGGCUGGGGAGGAGGCGGAGCAGCCGGAUCAAACACGACCAGCAGAAGAAGCUCUCGGAGUUGGCUCAGCAGAUUGCACUGGAGCAGCAGUUCGAGGAGACAUUGCUCCAGGAAGGAAACGAAGUCAAGGCAAAGGUCGCCAAGUCCCCCAAGAAACGAGGUGGGCGGCUCACUGACAAGGACUACACGCCUCCAGUGAAGACGCCACGGAAGUCGAAAAAAGGGGCCCUGGAGCAGCAAGUGGAGGCGCAGGCGACGCCCAAGAAGGAGGAGAAGAAGGGGAAGAAGAAGAAGCGCCGGCGCAAGAGGAAGCCCGGCAGCCACCCGGGGGUGAACGGCGGGAGCUCGGCGAGCAAGCGCAAGCACAACCCCUGGGAGGCCUCUUCGGACUCCUCCUCCGAGUGCGAGGAGGAGGAGGAGGAGGACGGCUACGAGGAGGAGGCCGAGGAGGAGGUGCUACGCUUCGACAACGAGGACGACGACGAGUUCGCCUGCGAAGAGGAGGACCCGGACGCGGAGGUGGUCGUGGUCAAGCGGGCGCGCACCGUCAAGAAAGUGCGGGUGGAAGAGGACAGCAGCGAGGAGGGUGAGGAGCCCCAGGAUGAGAAGCCCUGUGCCAAAUGUGGGAAGGGAGACCAUCCGGAGUGGAUUCUUCUCUGUGAUGCCUGUGAUGCUGGGUACCAUACAUCUUGCCUGAAACCAGCCCUGAUGCUCAUUCCGGAUGGGGACUGGUUCUGCCCCCCCUGUGACCACAGGAUGCUCUGUGAGAAGCUGCUGGAAGAACUGAAGCUCUACGACCAGCUCUCUAAGAAGAGGGAAAGGGAAGAGCUGAGGAAACAACGGCUGGCUUAUGUAGGGAUCAGCCUCGACAAUGUCCUCAAACCGGAGAAGAAGGAGGAGUCUGAAGAGGAAGAGGAGGAGGAGGACGACAGGGAGGAUGGAGAUGAGGAGCCGUUCCUUCUGAACAAGCGGUCUUCGCGCAAGCGAAAGGCCAUUAGCUACCAGUUCAAGGAGUACGACGAGAUGAUCUUCCAGGCCGUGCAGCCGGAGAUUGUGGCCGUGCAGAGUGCAAAAGUGGUGAGCCGUGGCAAGGACAUUUCGAACCUGAUUGGUGAGGACGACGAGGAGGAGGAGGAGGAUGGCAAGGGCUCUGAGAAGGAGGGGGAGGAGGAAGAGGAGGCCCCGCCCCCUGUGUUUGGGGGCAAGAAGCGCAAAAAGCACCGUAAGCUCACCAACCUGGACUUCACGUCGGAAGAGGACGACGACGACGAGACCGACGAGUACCAGGGCUCGAGUGCGAGCCACUCGGAAGUGAGCGCUUCCAGCGCCAGCGAGGCCGCCCCUUCGACGGGCUCCGACUGGGAGGCAGGUUCUCGGAGGAGGCGCAGGGCUCCCCCCGUUUCACGUUCUAAGGGCAAGGCCACCCGCUCCGGCUACCGCAAGGACGACUUUGUGAUGGACGACGACUACGAGUCGGACAGCGACGGGGGCUGCACCACACGGCGGGCGGCCUCCAAGCAAGUCAACUACCGAGAGAUUUCUUCUGACGACGAGGAAGCCAAGGCUAGAAAGAGGAAGUCGGCCCCGCGGCGCCGCCCGGCAAGGAGCGACUCUGAGGAGACGGACGUGGAGUGGAAGCGCAAGAAGAAGAAGCCCAAGAACCGGCGCACCUGGAGGGAGGUCUCCUCCUCGGAGGAAGAGGAGGCGGAGUUCACGGAGGACAGCUCGGAGGACGGCCGGAAGGGUAAGGGCCGCGCCAAGAAAGACGACGACGACGCCUCGGAGGGGAGCGAGGAGAGCUGCUGCAAGAAGCGGAAGCAGGCCCGGAGCGCCAAGAAGGCGAGGACGGAAGAGGACACGGCCCAGGACCCCAAGAAGGCCGCCAAGAAGAGGGCGACGGACAGCAGCUCGGAGGACGAGAGCGAGGAGACGGAGAGCUCGGAAGAGGAAGAGAGCAGCGGAUCGGAAGAGGAGAAGAAAUUCGGGAAGAACAGGCAGGUCAUCCGCUCGGAUGACGACGAGGAGGAAGAGGAGGCAAGCAAGGCCACGGAGGUGAAAGAAGCACCGUCUGCCGCCGACGGCGAGCAUGCAGAAAAGGAAGCGAGCGUCGAGCCGAAACCAUCUCUGGCCCCGCACGAGAACGUUGUUGAGGUGACCGCGCCUCCUCCACCCGUGCCGCCACCGGUCGCAGUGCAAGCUCCGGUUAUGGCUGCGGCCAUUCCCCAGUCCACGAUUCCCACAUCGCUCGUCGCGGAACAACGGGGUUUCCAGCCCCACGCGGCGCAGCAGCGGGACUCUCCGAAGCCUGGCCCGAUCUCGCGGCUCCUGUUGGGGCAGGACGCCUCGAACAACAACAGCGGCAGCAACGUCCCAUCGCCAGCAUGCUCCUCCUCCUCUCCGCGUCCCAUUGGGGGACACGAGGACAAGGGCUUUCCGGAUGACGACGAAUCCAAGGGCUUUCCGGACGAAGACGACGAGGACGACGAGAAGGGGUUCCCGGAUGAUAACCCGCCCGCCCCGCCGCAGCAGAGCGCAGCCAAGGGACACUACCCGCCGCGAGGAGGUCCAUACCCUUACCUCCCGCCUCGUCCUUACGCCGCGGCGGACCCCUACGGCGACUGCGUGCCCAUGGAAGGCGGCUACGGAAGGCCCCUGCCUCCGGCCCCCGUCGACGCAUACGCGCGGGCCUCCCCGAGCCCACCCCAGUUCACGAGUCUAGACGCCCCACCGCCGCCGCCGCCGCCGCAGCGCGGCGGAAACCAGCUGACCCCGCUGGACGGGAGGUUUCCACCUCCGCGCGGAGGCCCCUACCCUCCGCGCGACGUCUACCGGCCCCCCGACUCGUACCAGGCGCCACCCUACUUCGCGUACGGCCCCCGCGGCGGUUUUCCACCAAGGGGUGCCGCCCCCGGGCCUUACCGGUACCACCAUCCCGGCUACCACCAUCCGCAGGCCCCGCCUCCCCCGGAGUACUACAACAACUGCGGAAACAACGGUGGCGGUAACGGCGGUGGCGUGAGGCCGCCCGGGUACUAUGUCCCGCCGGAGGAGGGACCCUACGGCCCCCCGGGGCCAUACCCGCCAGGGCCUCCGGGUUCCCAGUGGGGUCCGGGGAACCACCCACCCCCUCCGGGGGGGGCGGGAUCGUCAGACGGCGGGUUCACCAUCACCAACAUCCUACGGCAGAGGGGGAACGCGGAGGGGGGAGAAGAGGACGAGCUCAAGAGUGUGACGGACAUAGUGUCGUACAUCACGCAAGAGUAGCACUUUCGGCGCAGCCGGCUCUUCUUUGAAUGCCGAUGGAACUUUGCGAAUUGACGGUGACCUUGUAUUCUUUUUUUUUUUUCUAACGGAUGGUGGGGGGCAUCUACGAAUGCUCGUGGGGUCGAAUGGUGCGUCUUCGAGGAUUACGUUUCGAGAGGCGGGUCGAGAGUUUUCGUUGCAAAAACGGACGCUGAAAACUGCGGCGGACGUCGGGCAAAGUGGCAAGUUUUGGCAAAGCUUUGACCUUCUUUGGGGAAGUAAGAUUAUGAUAACUUUUUUGUGGCGUUAUUAGAGUUCCUGUAAUCUUUCGUUCUGCCAAAAGACAAUUCAAAAAGGACGGUAAAUUUCAGGUACCUCAGUGUGCCCGACCACCAAAAUGGCAAACGUAAAAGUUUGCCUGAUAAAGAACAGAGGAGUACUGACCCACAUAUCUAUUCAUCGGACAAUCGUUGCAACAGAAAUCUUUCAUUUGCCAUUGCAUGCAUUUUAAUUAUGAGUUUUUACAAUUUGUGUCUUAUUUUUUAACGAUUAUCAAUCUUUACUCGGACAGUGUGCGAUUGCAUUACUGCAAGCAUGUUAUUGUGUACCGAAGUGAAAAUUCCUAGCUGCGUAAAAGUUGGUACAGCGAGCCCAGUUUCCAGCGUCGGUGCAACGACCGUUAGAAAAGCCUGGCAUUGGCUUCUGUGUACAUAUGCAAAUGAAGCGGGAAAACGCGUCUCGCUAGGUAAAGGUUAACCGUGUUCAGCUAGAGAAGAACCUUGGCCAAGUUGUGGCUCCCAGCGGCAUCCAGGAAGCGUCGGGGACGCGAUUGCAAAAGAGGUUGCAAGUUGGGGAGGCCCUCGGCGUGCGAGGUGAAAGCUACAUUGCUACUACUUUUAUGUGCACAUCCAAUCAUCCAUCAUCACUUUCGUUUGCUGCCAGAGAAGUGUCAUUUUAGAACUAAUCUAUUUGCUGAGUAUUGCCACUGUUGCUGGGUUUAGGUGUCUUGUAUAAUUGGUGUGUUGUGUUUGCAGCUGCCGCUGCUGGUCUGGGUUAGCUUGCUCUUGUUUAUUUUCUUUCGUGUGUCUGCCACAUUUCGAUUUUAGAAUCCCUCUCUUAUUCCGACUGCUUUCUUGUCUUUGGGGCAGCCGGGUGUUAUUGAGUUGCAAAGUUUGUCCAAGAAUGUUUUUAGUUUUUUGUGCAUUUUGAGGUUCAUUUGCCUCGGGCUGUCCGACUGGCUCUUAAAACUGCGCGUCUUAUCAGUUUUCAGGAUAACGAUAACCUACAUCUGUGCUCUCCCAAGUCUUCUUUGAUUGCACCUAGCAAUGCGAUGCCUCGUAUUACCUAGAGUCUGGGGCAUUGAUACCGUUGGUUCCGAAAUGCGGCAUAAUUCGUCAUAAUCACGGAGCAAAGAUUAUGCUCGGUAAUUACCAUGUUUUGUUGUCAUGCCUCCAUUCUUUGCAGAGAGUCGAGUUUCAGGUGUAAUAUGGGCCAACUUUUCAGGGUGUAAAUAGUGGACAAUCAUAAACUUGUGACAUGUUGCGAGCAUUUCAGAUCGAUAGUUUUGAGCGAUUGAAAAGAUGUUUCGAUUUAAAGUGAUGGCAGAAAAAACGUUUUGCGUCUGCAUUGGUGACUUUUCAAAGCUAUCUGAAACUCACUUCGGUCACUUUUAUCGAAAAGAGCUGAAAGGAUGCAGCUAAGUUACGAAUAGAUGUUUAAAGGUUGUACGAGAUUUCACACCGUUUGAACAAAUCGUUCAAAUUGUCUUUUCCAAGUGGUUUUCGAAAAAAACAUGUCCAAGUAUACUCGAAUUGUGAACGGAUCGCCCUACAACAUUGGCACACUGCCAUGAUUGCUCGACAGGAGUGUGACAAAAAAAUAACUCGAUUCCCUGUCAUUGCUACCUCGCAAGAUUCAGUAUUUGCAUUUAUGGAUUGGACCAGCUGGAGUUAUGUAACUUUUUAGGAGCAAUGACAAACAUUGGUUCUUACAAUGUUCUUUAUGUCUUCAAAUGUGCAUCUUCCAUUAUUAUUAGUUUGAACGAAUUGGGGCCCAUAUAUUUGGCGCAAAUGUCAUAGCAGCCAACGACCGAACAAAACGUUGUCGAUGCCAGAUCCCGAAAGUGGUGGUCUGCUAGAAUAAUUGGGGGCACAUGUAAUUGUCAUUAGUGGAGCAUGUUAUCUUCUGAUGUACAUACUCAUCUUUCCUUAAGUUAUACUUAUAUAUGCUUCCCGUUUCCGACACUCUGACCCCGUCUAAAAAUCCACCUAUCAUUUUUUGUGACUGGCUGUGUCUCUAGAAGACGAAUAUACCCCAUUUCAUCUUACGACCGACCGCAGCGGAUGCUACGAGCCAUUGGAGCCAAUCCAAGGCUCUGUGAGUGUCACAUGACCUUGGAGACGGGGUGCAGCGACAGGUGGAAAGAGUAUCACGUGCUGUGCUCAUAGAGCUGGAUCGGCCUCGACGGCUCGUUGCAUCCAUUGCGGUUCGACGCGGGGUGAAGCAGGGUAUAGGGGCACUUCUCCAACGGUUUGCUUUCAGUGUCCGCAGCGACGGCUUUAAAGCUGCGUCCAACAGGAUUGCAACUUUGUUCAAACGCAGCAUCAACCGAACUCUACAACGGUCAAGUACGCAAAAAUAAUUCUGCUUGCUCCACAGUACGGCCAUGCCAAGUAAGCGAAGGGAGAAAGCUGAAUUCAACGUACGAAACUGGAAAGGAGGAAGAAUAUUUUCGGGCAUCUGCCUGUUUUGGGGAGGCACAUUCUUUCGCUGCACUAUUUAUGCUAAGUUACAGUCCUGUUUUGUGGCCUCAACAGCAUUCACACCUUGUUCAACGUCGACGCGAAACAAUGAAUCAAUGUCGGAAACAGCUUCUACGCCUCAUCUCAAAAGUCGCUGUGCGUUUCCGGAACUGCUGCCGCAUCAGCAAGGUUGCCACACUUUACGCAAAACGUGCAAUUUUAGUGUUUUUUGUCCCGAUCGUGCUCUUUUUGUUUUGUAUCGUUGCCACCUGCUUACGGCCACCACGUCGGGAACCCGGUUCAGACUUCCCACGGUACGCUUUUCCGACGCGCUUGUGCUUUUCGUGGUAGCAGACGCAUUUGUCGCGAGGGCAGCGUCACAUUCCUGGCAGACACAUUGUACAGACAUAUUUUUUUUCUUCAUCCAUUGGUGGCGAGGGGGUGACCCAGUGCUCCUGCCUUCGCUACAGCCGCGAGAGGUUUUUUUGUACAUAAUCGUUUUGUCUCAAUUGUGCAGGCCUGUAUCCUGAAGUGUGUCAUUAAAACGAGAUUCUUCUUUUAUACCACGCGUG